CCUUUUUUGUUCUCUUCUUUCUCUCCUUCUUCUUCAGUCUUCUUCAGUCUGCUCUGCUUUCUUCGCUUCAUCAUUCUUCUUACACACACUCACGCACUAGAGCCUCCUUGCUCUACUCCUCUUUUUUUCAUCACUCUCCAUUCUCUCCGUUUGAAUUCCUUUCAAUCUAAUCCAAAACCAUAAAGUAAUGUAAAGGAAAAAGGGGAAAAGCUUCCGUCCAGUCACCAUCACUAUCCAAUACGUCACUCAGUCUCGCUCCUUUUUUUUUUUUUGGUUUUUUGAAAAACAAAUAUAAGAAACGCCGAGAAAUUCAUUGAUGAAGGAAGAGAGGUGUAUAUAUACAAGUAUACGCAAAGAUAGGAAGACGAAAGAGUCAAUUUUAUUGAACGCUCCAGAAUUCUCCGUUCUCUCCUGGAUAUGUUGAAUGUAAUUGGCUUCCCGGACUGGGACUUCGUGGAACAGUCUUGAUGAUGAAUGGUCUAUCUCUGAUACAUAAGGGGCUAUAUGACCGCUGAAGAUAAUCUAAAGCAAUAUUUUGGUUUUGCUUAGAUUUUACAGAUUUUACCAAGCUGAGCAGUAGACCGGGAUUUGAGCAUUUUCAUUCAUGUAUUGGAAGUGAUACAUUUUGCUUUCUUAGUCAGCUGUGAUGUGUCCAGUGCACACUCAAUCUUUGCUUUCCUGGUGUGUUUUGUCUGGACAUCUUCUGAUUAGUGUGCUAUCUUUCUGUUUGGGGCAAUAUAUAACUCAGCCAGCUGACUUAGGAAAGACGUUGGAUCCUCAGUCUUGGCCAGUUUUAGGUAAUAGGUCCAAAAAGAAUUAUGCUUUUGGCAUUCGACAACCAAGAUACACGUCCCUGAAAAAUGAUUUUUUAUCUUGUGAGGACCUAGAGGGUGUUGGAUCAUUUGAUACCACUUGCUUGUUGAAUUCAAACCUUUUUGUGAAUUCUGAUAUUCAUGUUUUCGGCACUGGAAACUUGGAGAUACUUCCUAGCGUUUCAAUUGCUUGCCCUGUUAAAGGAUGCAUUAUACAUUUCAAUUUAUCUGGCAAUAUUAAAGUGGGAAAUAAUGCGGCCAUAAUUGCUGGUUCUGUUGUCUUUGCUGCUGGCAAUCUGACUCUGGGGGCUGAAUCUUCUAUAAACACGACAGCGUUGGCUGGGUCACCGCCUUCUCAGACCAGUGGGACACCCGUUGGCAAUGACGGAGCCGGUGGAGGCCAUGGUGGCCGCGGAGCAUCCUGUCUGAAAUCUAAUGAGACAAGUUUUUGGGGUGGUGAUGUUUACUGUUGGUCUAGUCUGUCCAAACCAUGGUGUUAUGGGAGUAAGGGUGGCAGCAUGUCUGACCAACAUAAGUUUGGAGGAAAGGGUGGAGGACGAAUUUUACUUCAUGUUAAGGAUGUUUUGUCUAUAAAUGGAUCUGUAACUGCAGAAGGUGGGGAUGGAGGACUAGAGGGGGGAGGAGGAUCUGGUGGUAGCAUAUUUAUUCGUGCAAAGAAGCUGAAGGGAUUUGGUAUCAUCAGUGCAGCUGGUGGUAGAGGAUGGGGUGGUGGGGGAGGAGGAAGGAUUUCUCUGAAUUGUUACAGCAAACAAGAAGAUGUAAAAGUCACCGUGCAUGGUGGUUUCAGUAGUGGAUGCCAACUGAAUGCUGGAGCAGCGGGUACUUAUUUUGAUGCAUCUGUACUGAGUCUGCGAGUUAGUAAUGACAAUAUUACUACCGAAACAGAGACUCCUUUGUUGGAUUUCUCUACUAGUCCUCUCUGGACAAAUGUUUAUGUGGAAAACAAUGCUAAAGUUUUGGUGCCUUUGCUCUGGACAAGAGUUCAGGUUAGAGGCCAAAUUAGCCUACUUUAUGGAAGCAGCAUCAGUUUUGGGUUGUCUGAUUAUCCAGUCUCUGAAUUUGAGCUUGUAGCCGAGGAACUGCUGAUGAGUUUUUCUGUGAUAAAGGUGUAUGGUGCACUCAGAGUUGCUGUUAAAAUGUUGCUCAUGUUGAACUCCAAAAUUGAAGUUGACGGUUGUGGAAAUACAGUUGUUACCACUUCUGUCCUUGAGGUCCGGAAUCUUGCAGUUCUGAAGGGCAACUCUAUCAUCAGUUCAAAUGCAAAUUUGGCUCUCUAUGGGCAGGGACUUCUUGAAUUGACUGGUGAUGGGGAUGCAAUCAAAGGCCAACGAGUUUCCUUGUCCCUAUUUUAUAACAUUACGGUUGGCCCAGGAUCUUUGCUUCAAGCUCCACUGGACAAUGGUAGCAGUAGAAGCAUGGUAACAAAAUCUCUUUGUGAGAGCUCUGACUGCCCAGUGGAUUUGAUUACCCCUCCAGAUGAUUGUCAUGUUAAUUAUACAUUGAGCUUCUCACUGCAAAUUUGUCGUGUUGAAGACAUUCUUGUGAGUGGUGUAAUUAUGGGGAGCAUUAUUCACAUCCACAGGGCAAGAACUGUCAUUGUGGACAGUAUUGGCAUGAUAACUGCAUCAGAGUUUGGUUGCAGUAGUGGUGUUGGUCAGGGAAACUACUCACAUGGGGCUGGUGGUGGUGCUGGACAUGGAGGAAGAGGGGGCUCUGGAUUUUAUAACGGGAUCCUCAGUAAAGGUGGCCAGAGAUAUGGUAGAGCAGAUCUUCCUUGUGAAUUAGGAAGUGGUUCUGAGGUUCCAAACCUGUCAUGUGGAAAUAUCUCUGGAGGGGGGAUGAUUGUAAUGGGAUCUAACCAGUGGCCACUCCUAAGGCUUGAUAUUCGUGGAUCUGUGAGGUCCGAUGGUGAAAGCUGUCGUAAAGCAGCAACAAACAGUAAUGGCAGUUUGAUUGGAGGACUUGGUGGAGGUUCUGGUGGGACAAUUCUUCUGUUUUUGCAAUCACUUGCCCUUUAUUUGAACUCCUCUUUAUCUGUUGUUGGAGGCCAUGGUGGACCUCUCGGCGGUGGUGGCGGUGGAGGUGGAAGAAUCCAUUUUCACUGGUCAAAUAUAGAUGCAGGCAAUGAAUACGUCCCACUAGCAACUGUAAAUGGUACUCUCAGCAACAGUGGAGGAGCUGGCAAUGGAGGUGGUCUUCGUGGAGAGGAGGGCACUGUUACUGGGAAAAAGUGCCCUACAGGUCUGUAUGGUACAUUUUGUACGGAAUGCCCUGUUGGCACAUACAAAGAUGUUGAAGGAUCUGAUGAAAAUCUCUGCAAACCUUGUCCCCUUGAGCGCCUUCCUAGUCGUGCAUUUUUUGUCUAUGUACGAGGGGGUGUUACCAAAUCAGCUUGUCCCUACAUAUGUAUAUCUGAAAAGUACAGAAUGCCCAACUGCUAUACCCCUUUUGAAGAGCUGAUACAUGCUUUUGGAGGUCCCUGGCCAUUCUCACUCUUAUCGGCGUGUCUUGUACUCCUUCUAGCUCUAGUAUUGAGCACUUUGAGGAUCAAAUUGAUUGGGUCAGGAUAUUCAUAUGUCAAUGUGAAUUCAAUUGAGCACCAAAAUCAUCAUCAUUCUCCUUAUCUUCUUUCUUUAUCUGAGGUCCGAGGUACCAGAGCUGAAGAAACUCAGAGCCAUGUCCACAGGAUGUACUUUAUGGGUCCCAAUACUUUCAGAGAACCAUGGCAUCUUCCCUAUUCGCCUCCCAAUGCAAUUGUUGAGAUUGUGUAUGAAGAUGCUUUCAAUAGAUUUAUUGAUGAGAUCAACUUGGUUGCUGCAUAUGAAUGGUGGGAAGGGUCAGUGCAUAGUAUAUUAUCAGUUCUUGCGUAUCCUUGUGCCUGGUCCUGGAAACAAUGGCGUCGGAGAAAUAAAGUCCACCGUCUUCAGGAGUACGUUAAAUCUGAGUAUGAUCAUUCUUGUCUACGAUCCUGCAGAUCACGAGCAUUAUACAAAGGAAUGAAGGUUGGAGCAACGCCAGACCUGAUGAUUGCUUAUAUAGAUUUCUUCCUUGGUGGAGAUGAGAAGCGUAUGGAUAUUGUAACGAGUAUGCAGAAGAGAUUUCCUAUGUCUAUUAUCUUUGGUGGGAAUGGGAGCUAUAUGUCACCCUAUAAUCUCCACAGUGACACACUAUUGACAAACCUCCUUGCUCAGCAUGUUCCUACAACUGUCUGGAACCGUUUGGUUGCGGGGUUGAAUGCCCAGCUGAGAACAGUAAGGCAGGGAUCAAUCCGUUCUACUCUGGUCCCUGUUAUUAGUUGGAUCAGAAGUCAUGCAAAUCCCCAGCUUGACUUUCAUGGUGUUAAAAUUGAGUUAGGAUGGUUCCAAGCCACUGCUAGUGGGUACUAUCAGUUGGGUAUUUGGGUCAUAGUUGGUGAUUAUUCUCUCCAUGAUGUCCACCAGUCUGAUAUUUUGGACAGUGGUGAUGAGUGCUCAAGAAAAUUCGCCACCAUAGAUAAAUGCCAGCGGAAAGCACAGCAUGGCCAUCUGAGUACAAGUCAUUCAUUAUUGCGCAAAAGGACUACUGCUGGAAAGAAUGGUGGUCUUAUAAAUGACAUUACCUUGAAAUCACUGGAUUUCAAAAGGGACUAUCUUUUCCCUUUUUCUCUUCUGUUGCAUAACACCAGGCCUGUUGGCAGAGAGGACACGAUUCAGCUGCUGAUCUCUAUCAUGGUCUUGGCAGACCUUUUCGUUACCCUUCUUAUAUUGCUUCUGUUCUACUGGAUGUCACUUGGGGCUUUUCUUUCUGUACUGCUUAUCCUACCCCUAUCAUUGCUUUCUACUUUUCCAGCUGGUCUGAAUGCCUUAUUCAGUAAAGGUGCCAGGAGAGCUUCACUUGCUCGUGUCUACGCAUUGUGGAAUGCAUCCUCAUUGUCAAAUAUUGCUGUUGCAUUUAUCUGUAGCAUAAUUCAUUAUGCAGUUUCGUAUUUGAAGCCCCAUCCAGAUACUAAUGCAUGGAAUUCCAGACGGGGGGAUGACGAAUGGUGGCUUUUGCCUACAAUCUUGCUGAUAUUCAAGGUUGUUCAGGCUCGAUUUGUAGAUUGGCACAUAGCAAACCGAGAAAUCCAAGAUUUUUCUCUCUUCAGUCCUGACCCGGAUACUUUUUGGGCAUAUGAAUCGGUGUCUUGAUGCAUUGUAGGAGGGCUUUUUGAUGAGGAAAAAGUGUGGCUGUUCGUUUGCAGUCUUUCUCAUGAUUAGUCGUGUAUAUAUAUGUUUAGGUUUGUGUAAAGCUCUAGUAUAGCUGUGCAGGUUUUGUUUACUUGUAAGUAUAAUAGUUUUGGAAGAGCAUUUAGAUGUCGAGAGAGAGACAGAGUUCAACAUUGAGGGAGGUAAUCGAAUAUAGAUUGGAUGCACAUAUAAUAUAUAUAUGUUGGUAUGGUAUUCUUUAUCAACUGAUCA